AUUAAAUUUAAGACUUUUAAUGAUAUUUCUUCUUUUGCGUGGAACAAAUCAACAAUAACCACAUGGCUAACAGCUUGUAUUUUACUUUAUGCAUCAGAUUUGAUCUGUAUUUUGGCUAACAUUUAUGGAUUAUGUAAAAGCCAACCGCUCUGGAUGAUUCCAAAGCUAAUCCUGACUUUGCUAAUUAUUUUAAUUGGUUUUAUAAGCACUUGUGUUAUGGGCUUUCUAAUUUGGAAUGAAUCAUAUCUAUUACGUUUAUUAUUUGCUGACAAACAAUAUAUAGAAUAUUAUACAAAAAAAUCAACAAUGUUACUUAUUGGAGGUGGAAUAUUUCUUGGCUGCUUCUUUGUCUCUGUACUACAAUGCUUAUCAUUAAAAGUACUGCUAAACUGUUUUGAAUAUGUGCAAGAAAUUCAUAUUGAAAAGCUUACUGAUAAAAUAAAUCGACAAGAACAAUUACUUAUCAAACAACAACAACAACAAUAUGAAAACAAUUGUCUUUCAAAAGAAAUGGUUUCUAUGGAUGAAAUAGCAAUGAUUGUAAUCACAAGUGCACACCCAAACAAUGUUGGUAACUUAAACUUAUUCCCUCAGAAACCAAUACUUUUUCAUACUAUGGAAUACACAGGAGAACAUGCAACUGUUACCGAACUUGUAAAUAGACCUUAUCGAAAAUUAACAGAAAAUAUUGAAAUUUGGAAAACUCCUGGUCGUACACAGCAAAGUCUUAGUGUUUUAGUUCAUAAUGUAGAAGAAUAUGGUACAAUAGGAGUCGUUGGUGACUUGAUACCGACAGAAAAUUACAUUAUCAGCAAGGUAUUAUUUGUUUGGGAUUCACUUAUUAGAAGACAAAAUUCAAAUUUAAUCAUAUGCUUAGCGGAUUGGAUCAUUCCUGGAUAUGGCCAUCCGUUUAGAGUUUUGCCUCGAUACAGACAACGAGCAGGUUGCACACGUUUACUAGCCCAGCGCAAGGCAGCGGGUAAGAUGUAA